AUGCUGCACCUCAACCUCACCCUGCUGCUUGUGCUGGUGCUGGGGUCUGGCCUCGGGGCUGCCUUUCCCCAGGACACCCUAAAGAAGAGCUGCAGCCUGUCCAAGUACCAGUUCCUUGUGCCCCAUGAGCUGAAGGCUGUGCAGAAGAUGAAGGAGCAGUUUGAGGACAUCAUGCUGCUGUCGAACCGCAAAUGCAACACCAGGCUCUUCCAUCGGAAAUGGAGAAUAGUGGAGCUGUCGGUGCCUGACCGAAUGGUCCUGGUGGAAGCCGAGCUGGCCCUCGUCACCGCCAUGCUGGGGCUCCCUGCUGCCCCCAGGUUCGCUGAGACGCGCCAGCGGCCCUUGGCCUUCCUCACCCAAGCCCGGGAGGACCUGCGAGGCUGUAUGGCCACAGAGGCUCCUUCGCAUCAGCCGUCUGGGAAACUGAGGCACUGGCUGCAGAAGCUGCAGACGGCCAAGAAAACGGAGACCCCCGGCUGCCUAGAGGCCUCCGCCAUCCUCCAUCUCUUCCAAGUGCUGAACGACCUGCGGUGCACAGCCCUCCGGGAGCAAUGCACUUAG